AUGCGUUCCGUGGUGUCACGUUCAUUGUCAUAUUCUUCAAAGAAUUCCUUGGGAAACCGCAGUGUUCUUGUUGUGGGCGCAGGCGUUGCCGGUCCUGUCCUAGCAUAUUUCCUUCAUCGUUUUGGUGUGCAGCCCGUGGUUGUUGAGCGUGCGCCGCAACUACGUACAGCUGGUCAAACUAUCGACGUACGCGGUGCAGGGAGAGAAGUUGUACGGCGCAUGGGCGUCGACAGCACAAUUCGCGAAAAGAUCGCUAGAGAGGACGGACUGGCCUUUGUCGAUAGCGCAGGGCGCACACGAGUUACGUUUGCUAGUGGCAAUAUUCGCGAGUUCGACUUGGUAAUUGGUGCUGAUGGCAUACGAUCAAAAACUCGACGUCUCGUCUUCAGUGAUAAGUCGCCAAUCCAUUAUUUAAAUAUGUAUACUGCAUAUUUUACUAUUCCCUACAGUCAGUCAGAUGGCACUUGGGCACGUUGGUACAAUGCCCCAAAAGGACGAACGGUGCUGAUCCGCCCAGAUAAUCAGGGCACAACGCGUGCAUUCUUGUCAUUUCGCAGCUCUCAACGUGGCUACGAAGAUCUCGAUCCAGACAUGCAAAAAGAGCUUCUACAAAAGAUAUUCGCAGACGCAGGGUUCGAAACACCUCGAAUACUGAGUGGGCUGAUGAAUUCAAAUGAUUUUUAUUUUGAAGCUAUCGGGCAGGUCAAAAUGGAUCAAUGGUCACAGGGACGAGUGUCCUUAGUGGGUGACGCAGGUUAUUGUGCCUCGCCAAUCAGUGAUAUGGGAACAAGUCUGACUUUUGUUGGCGCUUACAUCCUUGCUGAAAUAUGUGCAAUUUCACAUUCAUCAACGACAGAGAUUGCACGUUGUUAUAAACAGCUAAUUGAAACUUUAUCAAAAACACCCGAGGCAACGGAUUUGAAAAGUCUUGUGCCACGUUUUUGUAAUCAUCUUGGAUUUAAGGAGGAAAGGUUAAUCCGGAAAACUGCUCAGCAUAUUGCAGAAAAAGCAUCAGAACUAUGUAAUAUACAAAGUCGAUCACAACAGCCAUUGUUAGUGCCUGCAUUUAUAUGGUUGCGAUUGCGUGUGGUAAAGAGAGACCAUUGAAAGAUAUUCAACAAGCAACUAGUGCGACGACUAUACGUCAAGCAUAUCAGAUUCUGUUCACAAAAGUCACAGAACUAUUUCCACAAGAUUUUCAGUUUAACUCUUUUACCGUCAGAUUUUCCUACUUUAUCAAAUAGAAAAGCGAAGAACACAUAAUUGACGUCGAACUCGUCGGAUAAAAAUACGAAAUGUUUGCAACGAAAAUGACGCGGAACUGAAUGAUUUUGUUCCUUUGGUUCUGCUUCGUUGGCUGCAAGUCAGGCCUCUGUUACACACUUUGUUUUUCAUAUGUUAUCUAACGUAAUAUAAAGUAAGUCUCAUAGGUGUUCGUGGUU